CUGUCGCAAUUUUUGCCGCGCAAAUUUAUCGCCUUUUUCACGGCGGCUUUAAAAACAAUUACCACGAUGUCGCAGCAAACGCUGAAACGAGGAGCCUUUAUUGUUUUCGAGGGCUGUGACCGAGCGGGCAAAACUACGCAAUGCAAACAGCUGGUUGAACAACUCACGGGCGCCGGACACAAGGCGAAGUUUAUGAAUUUCCCCGACCGAUCCACGCAAUAUGGUCAGCUGAUAGACCGUUAUCUGACGCGGAAGGAUGAUAUCGUGGACCAAGGAAUUCACCUGCUAUUCACGCUGAACCGGUGGGAGAUGCUCUGCGAGAUGGAGCGCCAGCUUAAGAACGGUGUCACGCUGAUCGUGGAUCGAUACUCCUUUUCGGGAGUGGCCUUCAGCGCGGCCAAGGGAUUAGAUAUGGAAUGGUGCAAGGCCCCCGAGGCAGGACUGUUAAAGCCGGACCUAGUGAUCCUGCUAACGAUGACGGCCGAAGCGCUAGCGAAACGUGGUGGAUUCGGCGAUGAACGGUACGAAAUUCCGGAGAUGCAAACGAAGGUAAUGGAAAAGUACAUGCAGCUGAAAGACGAUCGCUAUUGGAAGGUGUUAAGCGCCGACAAACCGUUCGAUGAGCUAACAAAGGAAUUGUAUGAGAUAGUCCUGAACGUAAUGAAUCGUUCCGGCGAACGGAGUUUAGAAAAGCUUUGGUAACUGGAUACUAACGCACGUUCUCUUCCUUACAAAAAUCAUUCUUUGAAGAAGAGUAAGUACAAUGCCAAGCAUUUCCGGAAGGGCUUAUUUAGGAAAUCGUGAGAGGAGGGUCGAGGUGCCUUCGAUGCGGGUACAGCGAAUGAUGUUUAUUAUGAUUAUUAUCGGGUUUAGCCGGUCAGGGUUGAGUAAGUCAGUGAAUUGAAAAGUUUAUCACUACCUUAAAUAAAUGAAGAAACUAA